AUGUCAGCAAGAACUACGCGGGAAUGUUUGUAUCGGUUUUGCCAUAAUGUGGUGAAAGUGUAUGGCAAACAAUAUCUGUGGAAACCAAACGCGUAUGAUGUUCAACAGUUGUACCAAGCUCAUGAAGCACGGCACGGGUUUCCGAGAAUGCUUGGUAGCAUUUAUUGUAUGCAUUGGGCGUGGCAUAACUGUCCGAAUGUGUGGCGAGGCCAAUACACGCGAGGUGAUCACGGCCAUCCAACCUUAAUACUUGAGGCCGUGGCGUCACAAGAUUUGUGGAUCUGGCAUUCUUUCUUUGGUCUCCCUGGUUCACUCAACGACCUCAACGUGCUAUACCAAUCGGCGAUCUUUAGCGAUGUCGUUAAUGGAAUCGGUCCGGACACCCGUUUUACAGUUUCUAGGGUUGAGUAUAGACGUGGGUAUUAUCUUGCUGACGGAAUAUAUCUGUCUUGGUCUACAAUUGUCAAGAAUAUUCCAUUUCCCGAGGACGAAAAAAGGAAAAAAUUCGUCAAGCGUCAAGAAGCUGCAAGAAAAGACAUCGAAUACGAAUGUCGGGCGAUUUGUGAGUAUGAUGAGAAUGCAUCUUACGGGAAUACUGUCCCGGUCGAUCAGACGCAACAGGAUUUAAACUCGUUCGCGCUAACCAACGACUACACGUAUGCAAACCUUCAACAGGAUUUGGUAGAACGUAUAUGGAACAACGCAAACGACGAGGACGGUGACGAAGACGAAGAUGAGUAG